AUGGAGGUCACAGAGCGUAUUAUGGAUGAUCUAGAUUUCACUGCCAAGCAGAAGCUCAAGGGGGCUGUUUCAUUACUUCGAGAUGAAGCGUAUCAUUGGUGGCUGAUGGUUAGGAAUGGCACUCAGCCUAACAGUCUGACGUGGGAUUUGUUUAAGACGGCUUUCCAGAGCAAGUAUGUAGGAGCCAGCUAUAUCGACUCUAGGAGGCGUGAGUUCCUGAAUCUUACUCUGGGAGAUCGUUCAAUGGCUGAGUAUGAGGCUGAAUUUCUAAGACUGGGUCGUUAUGCUCGAGGCAUGGUGGCGACUGAGUAUGAACGCUGUGUUCGUUUUGAGGACGGCCUUAGGGAUAACUUGAGGGUCCUGAUAGCUCCACAGAGGGAGCACGAUUUUGCCAUGUUGGUGGAGAAGGCCAAGAUUGCGGAGGAGGUUAAGCGCGUUGAACGCCAGAAUCGUGAUAGAGAGAAGGCUAAGAGGGAUAUAGAGCCUUCGAAUACUGGAAUGAGGCCUAGGAAAAAUGCCAUAUCUGAUGGGCUCGUGAGAGUUGGGCCUACUGAUGCACCUGCUAGGGUGAUGAUUUGUCAGUUUUGUAAUAGACGCCAACCGGACGAGUGUUGGAGGUCUACUGGAGCUUGUCUUAGAUGUGGGUCUUCUGAGUAUCGUGUUUAA